AUGAGAUUUGCUUUGAUUGUUGGGGUCUUCACGGGCCUCUUGGCUGUGGCCUCAGCGGCAUCUUUCACCAACCCCCUCAAACCCAUAAAUGGAUCAGAUCCUCACAUGACCUAUUCUGACGGCUAUUACUAUCUGAUGACCACGACAUGGACCAACCUGCAAAUUACCAGAGCGAAGACUCUUGGAGGUCUCAAGACCGGAGAAACCCGGGUUGUCUGGGCUGAUGGAAACCCUUCGCGUUGCUGCAACGUCUGGGCACCAGAGCUUCACAGGAUCGAUAACACCUUCUCUUAUGCCGGCCAGCUCACCCCUGAUUGGGGUAUCGACGCUACCAUCCUCCGCGUCCAGAACCAGAACUACUUUGUGUGGUCCUGCUUCUCUCGAGGCAUACAAUCCAUGUGCAUCGCGCCCAUGAACUCUCCCACCUCAAUCGGCGCUGGAAAGGUGCUCUCCGAGCCGACAUUGGACUGGGAGCGUGUGGAUACCCCCGUUAACGAAGGGCCCGCUCCGCUCUACCAUGACGGCAAGAUCUUCUUGGCCUACAGCGCCAGCUUCUGCUGGACACCCAGUUACCAGCUCGGCCUUCUGACCUACAACGGCGGCGACCCGACGCUGAUGAGCAGCUGGACCAAGACGGGGCCGUUCUUUAGCUCUGCAAAUGGAAACUAUGGGCCGGGCCACAACGCCUUUGUCAACAGCCCCGACGGAACCGAGGUGUGGAACAUCUACCAUGCGACUUGGAUCCAGACGGGAAAUUGUGAUGGAAACAGGUAUACCUCGGCGAAUAAGGUCAGCUGGCAUCCUGAUGGCUCCCCAAACUUUGGACAGCCCGACCCUGUGGGCACCACCCUUACCGGCCCGUCCGGCGAGUAA